UUAAGAAAAAGAUGGAAAAACAUUAUUGGAACCGAAUCAUAUGUCUGUUGCAGUGUCCGGCGAAGAUGGCGGCGGGGGAACAAGAGCAAUUCCAGCAACUUUUAACAGGAUUAUUAAGCGUCGACAACAAAGUGCGGCAGCAGGCUGAGAACACAUAUGACCAGAUUGCAUCCGAGACCAAGUUCCAGCUGCUCCUGACCAAUGUAGUGAACAAGGCAGCCAGUGAGGAUGCCCGCACCAUGGCGGCUGUGCUGCUGCGGCGGCUCCUCACCACCAGCUUUGACGAAGUGUUCCCCACGCUACCACCAGAUUCUCAGACCCAGGUGCGCUCCCAGCUCCUGGCAUCAGUUCAGCAGGAGGAGGAUUCCAACAUGAGAAAAAAGCUAUGCGACAUCAUCGGUGAACUGGCCCACAAUAUGAUAGAUGAUGAAGGCAACAACAAAUGGCCAGAGUUCCUGCAGUUCCUCUUUGAGAGUGCUUGUUCACCCACGAUCACACACAAAGAAGUGGCCUUAACCCUAUUUAGCUUGGUGCCAGGAGUCUUUGGGAACCAGCAACAGCAGCACCUGGGCAUGAUCAAAGCCAUGCUGACAUCCUCCCUGGCAGACUCAGGCAACCCUCCUGUGCAGGCUCUUGCAGUGAAGGCCACCGCAGCCUUUAUCCUCCUCCAUGACAAUGAGCCAAACAUACAGAGAAACUUUGCUGACCUCUUGCAGCCAUUUUUGCAGAUCAUUGCAACAAGCAUUGAAGUGGGUGAUGACGAUGCUCUUUUGAAGUGUUUGGUUGACUUGGCAGAAAGUUGUCCAAAGUUCCUCCGGCCACAGGUUGAAACCAUCCUACAGCUGGCAAUCAAGGCACUACAGGAUCCUAAUGUAGGAGAUGGAUGGAAACAUCUUUUGCUUGAAGUGGUAGUGACCCUCGCUGAGACGGCCCCAGCAAUGGUCCGAAAGGCUGGGGCCAAGUACAUGACCUCUCUCAUCCCCCUGAUGCUGAACAUGAUGACUGACCUUGAAGAUGAAGAGGACUGGAGUGUAAGUGACGAACAGGCUGAGGAAGACAAUGACAGCAACUCUGUUGUGGCUGAGUCCUCCCUUGACCGCCUUGCCUGUGGGUUGGGAGGCAAGACUGUUCUGCCCCACAUCAAUGCCACACUGUCACAGAUGCUGCAGAGUGACAACUGGAAGUGCCGGCAUGCUGCCCUGAUGGCUAUAUCAGCUGUGGGAGAGGGAUGCCAUAAACAAAUGGAAGUCAUGCUGCCUCAAAUUGUUGAAGCAGUGAUUGGAUUUCUCCGUGACCCCCAUCCAAGAGUUCGCUAUGCAGCCUGCAAUGCCAUUGGUCAGAUGGCGACAGACUUUGCUCCAGUGUUCCAAAAGAAGUUCCAUGAGAGUGUUGUUCCUGGACUCCUGCUUGUAAUGGAUGAUGGAGUGAAUCCCAGAGUGCAGGCUCAUGCAGGGGCAGCACUUGUCAACUUUUCUGAGGUUUGCCCAAAGAAUAUUCUUGCCAACUACCUCCCAACCAUCAUCGCAAAACUGGAAAGUAUCCUGGCAGCUAAGUUUAAGGAGCUUAUGGAGUGUGGCACAAAGCUGGUCCUAGAGCAGGUUGUGACUACCAUAGCCUCAGUGGCAGACACCGCAGAAGAGAAGUUUGUUGAGUACUAUGACCGCUUCAUCCCAUGCCUCAUGUACAUCAUAGAGAACGCCAACUCACAAGAACUAAGACUCCUCCGAGGGAAAACCAUUGAGUGUGUGUCUUUAAUAGGCCUGGCCGUGGGAGCUGAGAAGUUCCUAACAGAUGCUGGCAAGAUGAUGGACCUCCUGCUCAAUGCCCAGACCAACCAAGAGGACAUGGCUGACGAUGACCCCCAAGUGUCCUAUCUCAUCUCUGCCUGGGCACGGAUAUGCAAGAUUAUGGGCAAGCGAUUUGAACCUUAUUUACCUCUUGUCAUGGGACCCGUGUUGAAGACUGCAUCUCUUAAGCCUGAGGUGGCUCUAUUGGACAAUGAAGAUAUGAAUGCUGUUGAUGGCGAUGAUGACUGGCAAUUUGUAUCCAUUGGAGAGCAGCAGAACUUUGGUAUUCGCACCGCAGGACUUGAGGAGAAAGCCACAGCAUGUCAGAUGCUGGUGUGCUACGCAAGGGAGCUGAAGGAUGGUUUUGCUGACUAUACAGAACAGGUUGUCAAGCUGAUGGUUCCCAUGCUCAAAUUCUACUUCCACGAUGGAGUUCGGACAGCUGCUGCAGAAUCUCUUCCAUUCCUACUUGAGUGUGCCAAGAUCAAGGGUCCUCAGUACCUAGCUGAAAUGUGGCAGUACAUGUGCCCUGAGUUGCUCAAGGCUAUUGAAACAGAGCCUGAAAGUGAGGUGUUGUCAGAGCACAUGUAUGCCAUGGCCAAGUGUAUUGAGGUGCUGGGAAUGGGCUGCCUCAGCAAUGAGCAGAUUAAUGAACUGAUCAGAAUCUUGGACAAAACUCUCAAAGAACAUUUUGAGAGGGCUGUAAAAAGACAAGAGCAGCGCAAGGAUGAGGAUUAUGAUGAGGUUGUUGAGGAGCAGCUAUUAGAUGAAGACGAUGAAGAUGUGUAUGUCCUGAGCAAAGUUGCUGACAUCACUCACGCGCUCUUCGCGGCGUACGGCCAGCUGUUCUUCCCUUACUUUGACAUCAUUUUGCCGCACAUAGCCAAGCUUCUAGGGCCCAAUAGACCCUGGCCUGAUCAUCAGUGGGGUCUCUGUAUAUUUGAUGAUGUUAUAGAGUAUGGUGGCCCUGCAUGUGAUAAAUACACAGACCACUUCCUCCAGGCUAUGCUUGGCUUUUUAUCUGACAAGCAAGGGGAAGUUCGUCAGGCAGCUGCAUAUGGGUGUGGUGUCCUAGGCCAGUUCUCUGGCCCGGCCUUUGCCCAAGUGUGUGCUCAGGCUAUACCCCGCCUGGUGCAAGUCAUUCAAGACCCAGAUUCUCGCAAUGAAGUCAACCUUAACCCAACAGAAAAUGCAAUUGCUGCGGUCACCAAGAUCCUCAAAUAUAAUGCAUCUGCUGUGAAUGUGGAUGAGGUUAUCCCCGUCUGGUUGUCAUGGUUGCCUGUGUGGGAGGACACAGACGAGGCUCCUCACGUCUACGGCUACUUGUGUGACCUCGUUGACAACAACCACCCACUGGUGUUGGGGCCAAAUAAUUCAAAUUUGCCACGCCUUAUGGUAAUCUUCUCAGAGGCUUUCAAGAGGGAAGCAGUGGAGAAAGAUGCAGAAGUAACCAAACGAAUGCUCAAUAUUGUUCGCCAACUACAAGCUAAUCCAGAAAUGUUCCAAGCAUGCAUUAGUCAAUUGUCUCAAGAGCAGCAAGUUGCCCUUCACCAGUACCUCACAACGUAGCUCAAUGUGCACCCAUAUGUUGACUUUUCCAAUUAUCUUCUUUUUAAUAGUCAUUAAAUUUCCAGAAUUGAAGUUUAUGGUGUAUCUUUGAUACAUGUCAAAAGCACCACCAUUCAUCUUACAUCACUAGCUGUUGCACAUAGUCAUAUAGUAUUGUCCACAUGAAAGGGUUAUGCAUUAUAUUUUAAUAUAGGUGUUUUUAUGAAAGUGAUAGUUUCCUUCAAGUAAGCCUAGAAAUAUAGCUUUCUUGAAAACAUAUAUAUUUUUUGUUCAUGUAUAAGGGUUUUGAUAUUCCAGAAUUAAAUGUCAAAUUGCUUUAGGUUCAAAUAUAAAAUCAUGCAUGAAAGUUAUAUUUGCACUGAUGUCAGUGCACACACACACACACACCCACACACACACCCACACAUUUAUAUAUAUAUAUAUAUAUAUAUAUAUAUAUAUAUAUAUAUAUAUAUAUAUAUAUAUAUAUAUAUAUAUAUAUAUAUAUAUAUAUCUAUAUAUAUAUAUAUAUAUAUAUAUAUUUAGGUUCUGCUGCAUGUUUUCUUGCAGAUUAGUAAUGUGUGCUUACUGUGAACUAAUUGAAAUGACAACAGUUGUGGCAAAAGACAGGUGAUGAAUGACUGACUUGCUUCCCCAUUAUGUUUAUCAUCACCCAAUAUAAAAGAGCAGAAUGGGUUGUUUUACUGUGCCUCAUAGUGCACAAAUUGUUUUAAGUUGAUAUUUACUGUUAAGUUUCCUCAAUCACAUCUGAUACUCCUUUGCUGAAUAUUAAAGUAUGCUUACAGUUCUAAUUUAUUGUCUUCAGAUAUUUCUCUAUCCUCCUUUCUUUCAUACCCUUGGAUUUAAGUAUUGCAGUAUCCUACUUGACAGUUAAUGUGUUUUGUAUUCCAUGCUGUCUGUACUUGUAUAUAUAUAUAACUAUGCAUGUGUAUUGUAAUGCAUCCACACAAAAACGUGCGUUCAUGCAUGCGUGCGUGCAAACACACACACACACACACACACACACACACACACACACACACACACACACACACACACCUGUGGGAUGCUAGAAACAUCUAGCUUUGGACAGGAAACUUCUCCUAUAUUUACUGGAAAAAUUAGCAGAACACUUGGGACCCCUGUGAUUACUGCCUAAAGGAUACUGAGGCAUAGAUGAAGGUUUUUGCAUAAGCAUGUGGUACUAUUAAAUUUUGUGAUAGUUUUCAAAUAAAAAAUGGAUUACAUCAGCAAUUGAUCAAUGUGUGGUAAAAUUUACUAUUUUUGUAUACCAUGAAUGAAUGUAUGGCUUAGGGAGUUUGUUGUUACUGAAGUGUAAGUUAUAGCCGUUGAUAUGUGUAGAUACCCAGGCAGCAUAUUUUUUUUUUCUCCACUGAGCAGUAUAAGAACCAAAGAUAAAAAGUUGCAGAUUCAAUGUUUGGAGUCUAAACUAAACUACAGCCUAGACCUUAGGAUAACACUCAUUUAUUAUUUUUUUUCCAAACCCUAACCCCAAUAUUUAUUUUCUUACCUUAAUUAGAGGUUUCAUAACAAUACUUACAUAAGUCUGUGGUCACUUCUGUUUUUUGUUUUGGAGAGCAUUGUUUUCCAAGAAAUGCCAUACAAAAAUACAGAUAUUCUUGUAUAUUUUUCUUUAUUUUUUCGUUCUUACUGUGUAAGUGAUUAUUUCUUGCUAUUUAAGUUACCUGUUUACUUUGUCUACCAGUGUUAUUUCUGUGAAGAAUUUUCCAUAUUUUACAAUGUGCAUUUAUUUAUACCUCUCCUUGUUUCUCAGGUGUACUUCUGCUUUUAGUAUUCAUCUUAGUCAUUGGGGGAUUGUGGCUUGUUCAAGAUACUUCUUACACAACCUGAUCAAGCGUAGAGUUUCACAUAAAGUAAAGAAUGUAGCUGACUGCAAUUUUGUAGGAGAUCCUUUGUAAUUUGAAUAAGUUUGUUAAUGUAUGCAACAUUGAAAUUAUUUUUCAAAACUGUUAUUUAUAUGCAGAGCCUAAAGUAAGACCAAUUAUAUAUAUAUAUAUAUAUAUAUAUAUAUAUAUAUAUAUAUAUAUAUAUAUAUAUAUAUAUAUAUAUAUAUAUAUAUAUAUAUAUAUAUAUAUAUAUAUAUAUAUAUAUAUAUAUAUAUAUAUAUAUAUAUAUAUAUAUAUAUAUAUAUAUAUAUAUAUAUAUAUAUAUAUAUAUAUAUAUAUAUAUAUAUAUAUAUAUAUAUAUAUAUACUUUGAUGGGGACGUUUUCUCCAUUGGAACAAUGCAUAAAAUUAAAAUACUGCCUGCCACCUUAAUAUACAGAACUAUGCAAUUGUUAUUAUUGUGGAACUAUUCUAAGGAGUUGUCCAUGAAAUAAGAAUUUAACCAGAUUUAUGAAAGUUUGACUUUACUCAGUAAUUUUUGGUAAGCUGUGAUAUUUUUUUCUUAUUUAUUGUUUUUUGAAACAAAACGUCCAUUAAUGUAUAACAUCACUUGCUUAUUGAAGUCUUCUUGCCUCUCUAAAAAGAGGUAAGUGUAUAUACACUUACUCUCGGUAUCAAUAAAUUGUAUCAUCUUGA